UCAGUUUUAACUUUGCGCAAAGCUCAAUUUAUAGCAGAACUAUGCAUUGUGGUGAUGAGGUGUUAAGCAGAUUGUGCUUUAUCUAUCAUGCGCAAGUUGCUAUCUAGUACGUAGGUGAAGGUCAAUUCAUUGAGUAAAGCCAAAUUGAUGGGUUUCUCUGUCUUCUCUCAAACUUUACUUGCAAAUAAUUGGUUCCUGUCCCUAGUAUUUUCUCCACAAUGUUGGUAAUAUCUGCAUGGGACUGGAGCCAUAUUAUAUAUAAUGCGGAUAAGUAGAUAACAUUUUACUCUCUUAUUUAAAGGCAGCCUAAUUGGUAUUAUCGGCACUUGUUGAUUCCCUUGGUCUCUCUCUCUCUCUCUCUCUCUCUCUCUUUUGCUAAGAGCAAAGUAUUCUUUGAUGGAGGGAGAUCAACUGGGCUCUGGUUACUCUUUUCCACCUGGCUUCAGAUUCCACCCUUCUGAUGAAGAACUCAUAGUUCAUUACUUGCGAAACAAAAUCUGUUCACGUCCACUUCCAGCAUCUAUUAUAGCUGAGAUAGAUCUCUACAAGUAUAACCCGUGGGAGCUACCCAAUAAGUCUUUAUUUGGAGAAGAAGAGUGGUAUUUCUUUAGCCCAAGAGACAGAAAGUACCCAAAUGGAUUGAGACCAAACAGGGCAGCAGCCUCAGGAUACUGGAAGGCAACAGGAACUGACAAGCCAAUUCUUUCUUCCAUUGGAUCAAAGCGCAUAGGAGUGAAGAAAGCUCUGGUGUUUUAUUCAGGUCGACCUCCUAAGGGAUCUAAGACGGAUUGGAUCAUGAAUGAGUAUAGAUUGAUUGAUACAAUUACCAAAUCCCCCAGGCUAAAAGGCUCCAUGCGGUUGGAUGACUGGGUAUUAUGCCGGGUUCGACAUAAAGGCUACUCUUCGAAGAUAUCAGGUGAAAAUCAAGAGAAUCCUAGUGAACUAAACCUGUCUGCAAAACUACCGAGGAGUGAAGGAUAUCCAACAAACAUGAACUGUCGGGCUGACAUGAUCACUGAUUAUCAAUACAAAGACUAUCAGAUCAUAGCCUCUAUUCUUGUCGGUGCACCUGUAUCUCCCACUGAAAACAUGCCAAAUAUGAGCUUUAAGGGCUGCAAAGGCACCAAUCUAGUUUCAGUUUUUGAAGAUGGUUUCACUAAAGUGAAUUCUCAAAUGACAUUUCCUUCUUUGGACAGUUACUUCAACCCUCUGACAAGAAAAUCCAAUGAAGAUGAACAGUAUGGAAAUCUCAUCUCUUUUAACAGGAAGUUCAACGCUGAGGACAAAAUGGACGAAUCACCUAGCAAGGUGUUGGCCAGUAGAGAAUUGAACUGCUAUAACCAAAACCAGUCUGAAGAUGACAUUUUCAGCGGGAACCCACCAGACACUGGCAUCAAUUUUCAAGAGCUUAACGAUUUAGUCUUUACAGGAAGUGACAGCCCUCAGAUAGCACAAGGAUGCAAUACCAUGUUACAACCGGAUACCAGUACAACAAGGGAAAUGAUUCAAGAUCAAGUCACCUCAGAGCACUGAAAUAAAGAGAAGAUGUUGUAUUAGCCAGCAGACGAGGGAGUACAGAAUUAGCAUAAAUAAAGAAAUUAAUAAACACUUUUGCUUAGUUUUGUUAUGAUGAAAACAAUCGCAGCUUACUUGUAUAAAUACAUAACGAUUCCAAGAAGAACACAGAGUAGAAUGAUGUCGAUGAC